AUGAUAUACCUGCAGGCGCAGCUCAAGAGAGACAAGGAAUGGAAUUCAGCAUUUAUUGCAAUUGGAAAGAUUGCCAGCGUGAUUGGUGGGGCAAUGGCGCAGUAUCUCAAUGGGAUCAUCAUAUACAUUCAAGAGGGAUUAGCAAUGAAAGCAUGGAGUCAAGCCACAGUCAAUGAAGCUCUGAUGUUUGAAUGCAUCAGCAUGCUGUCUCUGACUGUCAGGCAAACGCCCAGCAAGUACAUGGAAGCAUUGCUUGACCCCAUCUUUGUGUGCGGGCUGAGUGAGUUGCUUACACAAGCACUUGUUGACAUGGCUCAUUAUAUCCCACCCAUCAAGCCUACAAUCCAAGAGAAGCUCCUAGAGAUGCUGAGUAUCAUCCUUUAUAGAACGCCAUUUCGGCCUCUUGGGUGCCCUGAAAACCGACUCCCUCCUAUGCCAUCAUUCACGAAGGACUUCUCUCCCCAAGAGCUGCAUUCUGAUGCCAAAAUUGCCCUUUCCCUUCAUACCCUAGGAAGCUUUGAUUUCUCUGGUCACAUCCUGAACAAAUUUGUACAGGAUGUUGCCAUAAAUUACAUUGAGAAUGACAACCCUGAAAUCCGCAAAGCUUCUGCGCUCACUUGCUGCCAACUAUUCGUCCAUGACCCUAUUAUCAACCAAACUAGCAGCCAUUCAAUUCAGGUUGUAUUCUCAGUCAGAGAAGCUGCGAUUUGUAUUAUUGGAUGUCUUUCCAGUGUCAACCCAGCUUAUGUUUUCCUGCUGCUGCGGAAAUUGCUUGUCAACCUCUUAACUGGCCUUGGGUUUGCCAGUACAGCUCGCCAAAAGGAAGAGAGUGCCCUGCUCAUCAGCCUAUUUGUCUCAAAUGCCACAAAGUUGAUCAGAUCCUACAUCAGCCCUAUUGUCAUGACUCUGCUCCCAAAGGCAACAGAUGCCAACCUGGGAGUCGCGUUGACUACAUUGAAAGUGGUUGGGGAAUUGGAAAACGUCAGGGGAGACCCGUACCUUGAAUACCCCCAUCUUCUUGCUGUACUCAUUAAUAUCAUCAAGACGGAGCAGACGGCGUCUCUCUGGAAGGAAACCAAGCUUCUGGGUAUCCUUGGUGCCCUGGACCCAUACAAGUAUCAACAAAUUAGCGAAGAUGCUCCGGAUAUCCAUCAUACCAACGAGGUGCAGCCUGUCACUGAUGUUGCCCUGAUCAUGCAAGAACAUCCUGCGGGAGAACUUACUUAUGCUCGCCUGAAAUUCAACUGGGCGUCAGGCGGUCAGCGUGAAUCUCUAGGAAUGUUGAAAGAGUUCAAUGCGACCCUGACAGAAGACUUUACUUGGUUCAAUGCUCUCAUCAUGUCACAAACGGAUCAUGCCAUUAACGGUGUGAAUGGCGUGGUGGACGCGAACCAUGCCGAUAUUGCCGGCCUCCGUGAGCGUGUUGGCGAUGUAGGCAAACUCCGACAUCUUCUUGCAAAGAGCUAUCUCAGACAAGGAGAAUGGCAAAUGGCCUUGUAGCGUGGUGACUGGAACCCAGAACUCAUCCAUGAGGUCUUGAAUAUAUAUGCUGCAGUGACAAGAUACAACCAGGAUUCAUACAAGGCGUGGCACUCAUGGGCACUGGCUAACUUUGAUGUAGUUACUACCAUUGCUAGCCAAGCUAACUGCAAGGGACAGCCUCUGGUCAUGGUUUCUCAGCAUAUUGUGAUGGAGCAUGUCAUUCCUGCCAUCCACAGUUUCUUGCAGUCUAUUGCACUGUCCUCAACAUCAUAAUUGCAAGACACUUUGCGUCUGCUUACCCUCUGGUUCACUCAUGGCGGCAACCAGGAUGUCAAUGGCACUGUGACAGAAGGAUUCACUGCAGUUAACAUUGACACUUGCCUUGCUGUUACUCCACAGCUCAUUGCAUGGAUCAACCAGCCCAACUACUGAGUCUGCACCUCCAUCCAUUGCUUGCUGGCCAAAGUGGG